GUCUUUUUUAGCAUCUAACGGGCGAACCAACCAGCUAAAUGGCAGUUCUACGUGGAUGGAGAUUUGUGGGCUUCGUGUCCUGCAUUGUGGGUGCCGUAGGCCUGACGCUAUAUCCAGUAAUUGUGGACCCCAUGAUCAACACGGAAAAGUACAAGACCCUACAGGAAUACAGCAAAAUCAAACGAGAUGAACUGCAGCACAUUAAGGCGAAGUAAAGAAUCCCGAUUAGAAUACGUUAAUUGAACACCUCAGAACCCAAAUAUGUGUAUGUUUUGUUUACAUCAUUUAGCAAUGUACAUAACUUAAAACCUGUAAAAUAUAUAACGAAUCCAAGCUGUCUGACCCUUAACAGCAUGAAUUAA